AUGGCGACAAGGCAGACGCACAAGAUGUUGGCUCCUAGUCGUUGUAUUCUGUAUUUGUUAUUGUGGUUCCUUCCAUGGUCAGCUUCUUCCACACUUCGUCUUUACCAAGAUGAGAGGUUCAUGCGACCGCAAGACAGAGGCUUUUCUCUCGUAAACGUAAAUGAACAACAUGCAUUGGGAAUGGGCGCCGAAGCUCAAAAACGAACAGGGCAGCAAGCGAAGGAACUCACAGAAGAUACGGCGGUGCAUCGGAAUCGCAAUCGGCGAAGUGCAGCUCAGUCACCCGUGCCAAAGGUUUAUGGAAAGGCCCACCUGAAUGACUCACAUAACCAGAUGGUGGUCCACUGGGCAGGGGAGAAAAGCAAAGUCAUUGUAGCUUUGGCCAGAGACAGCAUUGAGGCCACAGAACCCAACAGCAGCUCGGUGUAUGUGUCUUAUGACUACGGAGGAACCUUUGUAGCCAUAUCUGACAGAUUUAAACUGUCUGGAGGAAAAGAGAAGAGCAAACAGGUCAUCUCCCAAUUUUACCACAGCGCAGCUGACAACAAACGAUACAUCUUCACAGACACCAGGAACAGUUUCCUCUGGAAUACUUUUGACUUCUGCAAAAAUGUCCAGGGUUUCUCCAUCCCAUUCAAACCCACCGACCUUCUGUUGCACAGCAAGAGACCCAACCUAGUUCUGGGGUAUGAUGGCUCCCACCCAAAUAAACAGCUAUGGAAAUCAGAUGACUUUGGUGAGACGUGGGUGCUAAUUCAAGAGCAUGUGAAAUCCUACUUCUGGGGAGUGGAGCCGUACGACAGCCCCACCACAGUGUUUGUACAGAGGCACGAGCCCCAAGGCAUCUCCAGCAUCCUCAGCAGCACUGAUUUCUUCCAAAGCGAGCAGAACCGCCAAGUCAUCCUAGAGCGAGUGGAUAGUUUCCAGCUUCGAGAAAAGUACAUGUUUGCCACGACAACCAGGACUCUGCUGGGAAGCCACGAACCUCAGUCUGUCCAGCUGUGGGUGUCCUACGAACGUCAGCCAAUGAGAGCGGCCCAGUUUACGACACGUCACCAAAUCACGGAGUACUACAUAGCAGAUGCCUCUGAGGACCAGGUGUUUGUGUGUGUGAACCACAUAAACAACAUCACACACCUGUACAUAUCCGACACCCCCGGCCUGACGUUCUCUCUGUCCCUGGAGAAUGUACUGUACUACAGUCCAGAAGGCCCAGGGAGUGACACACUUAUCAGGUACUUUGCCAAUGAGCCCUUUGCAGACCUGUACCGGGUGACGGGACUGCGAGGCAUCUACAUGGCUACACUGAUCAACGGUACCGGCUACAGCGAGUCCAACAUGCGUUCUGUCAUCACCUUUGACAAAGGGGGAACCUGGGAGCUGCUCCAGCCCCCCACGGCCGACAGCCUGGGAGGGACCGUGGAUUGUCAGCUUUCCAGGGGCUGCUCUCUGCACCUGUCCCAGCGCUGGAGUGACCUGCUCCAUAUCCGACGGAUGCCCAUUCUGUCUAAGAAGUCAGCUCCGGGGCUCAUUAUGGCUACAGGCUCAGUUGGGAAGAGCUUGGCCAACAAGCCUAAUGUCUAUGUGUCAAGCAGUGCAGGGGUCAGGUGGAGAGAGGCUUUGGCUGGUCCUCACUUCUAUACCUGGGGUGACCAUGGAGGGAUCCUGAUGGCUAUUCCUGAUGCAGGUCCCACCCAAACACUCAAGUUCAGCACCAAUGAGGGUGAGACAUGGACAGAGUUCCAGUUCUCCAAAGAAGAGGUGAAUGUGUACCAGCUGAUGACAGAACCAGGAGAGAAAAGCACCAUCUUCACCAUCUUCGGCUCUUACGCCAACCAGAAACACAGCUGGCUCAUCCUGCAGGUCAACGCCAGCGACGUGCUCGGUGUGCCAUGUGCCGAGGGCGACUAUAAGAACUGGUCUCCCUCAGACGAACAUGGUAACGGCUGCCUACUGGGCAGAGAGAUGGUCUACAAGCGUCGCACGCCUCACGCCACCUGCUUCAAUGGGGAGGACUUUGACCGACCCAUCACCCUGUCCAACUGCUCCUGCACCCGCCAGGAUUACGAGUGUGACUAUGGCUUUAAGUUGAGCGAGGACCUGAGUUUACAGGUGUGUGUCCCUGACCCAGAAUUUUCCGGGAACCUGUAUGCUCCUCCAGUGCCCUGCCCUGUAGGCACCACUUAUCGCCGCAGCAAAGGGUACAGAAAAGUGCCUGGGGAUAGCUGCAGUGGAGGGGACGUGGAGGCCAGGCUGGACGGAGAGAUGUUGCCAUGUCCCGUCGGAGAGAGCAACGAGUUUAUUCUGUACGCCGUGAGGAACUCCAUCCACCGCUAUGACCUGGCCACAGGAACUGACCAACCUCUACCCCUGUCUGGCCUUCAUGAGGCUGUUGCUCUUGACUUUGACUAUGAAAGAAACUGCAUCUACUGGGCAGACAUCUCACUGGACACAAUACAGAGACUAUGUCUGAAUGGAAGCACAGGACAGGAAGUCAUCGUUAGGAAAGACCUGCAGAAUGUUGAGGCGUUGGCCUUUGACCCCAUCAGCAGACUCCUCUAUUGGGUGGAUGCAGGUGCUCAAAAGAUUGAGGUAUCAAACCCUGACGGGGACUUUAGGCGGACUUUGCUCAAAGCCACUGUGUUGGAGCAUCCACGUGCCCUGUCCCUGAUUCCUGGAGAGAGCCUGAUGUUCUGGACAGACUGGGGAGACCGGGCGGCCGGAAUCUACCGCGCCUGGAUGGACGGCUCCAACGUGUCGUGUAUCGUGUCGGAAGGCGUGCGCUGGCCGAACGGCAUCACGGCCGAUGACCAUUGGCUGUACUGGACGGAGGCUUACGGCGACCGUAUCGAGAAGGCGGACUUCAACGGUGGCCAGCGCACAGUGCUUAUGGAGGGUUUGCCACACCCCUAUGCCAUAGCAGUCUUUAAGAAUGAUCUGUACUGGGAUGACUGGUCUAGAAUGGGGAUUUUCAAAGCCCCCAAAGCAGGCUCACCAGACAAUGAGCUCUUAGUGGGAAGACUCACUGGGGUGAUGGACCUCAAGAUCUUCUACAAAGGCAAAACCAAAGGCCAUAAUGCGUGUGCAGACCAGCCCUGCACUUUGCUGUGUCUGCCUCAGCCCGGGCACAGGCACACCUGUGUUUGUCCAGAGGGAACACCCACGACCACACUGGACUCUGGAGAAGUCCAGUGCCGUUGCCCCACAGGAUACGAACUCCACAACAACACCUGUGUGAGAACAGAACAAACGUGUCUGCCAAACCAGUAUCGCUGUUCUAAUGGCAAAUGCAUCAGCAGCAUCUGGAAAUGUGAUAGUGACAAUGACUGUGGAGACAUGAGUGACGAGCAGGAGUGUCCCACCACAUCCUGUGACCCUUCAGUGCAGUUCCGCUGCGUGACGUCUGGUUCCUGUAUCCCACUGGCUUUUAAGUGUGAUCAUGAGGAUGACUGUGGAGACAACAGUGAUGAAGAGCACUGUGACAGUCACCAGUGUGGAGCUGGGGAAUUCACGUGUGCGCGAGGUGUGUGUAUUCGUGAUGCCUGGCGCUGUGACGGAGACAAUGACUGCAGAGACUGGUCUGAUGAAGCUAACUGCACAGUGGGUCACCACACUUGUGAGAGCAGCAGUUUUCAGUGUCACACGGGUCACUGUAUUCCUCAGCGAUGGGUGUGUGACGGAGAUGACGACUGUCAGGAUGGCUCAGACGAAGUGUCCUCCCUCUGCGCUGGGGAGCGCUGUAAUGGAUUCCUCUGUUCUAAUGGAACCUGCCUGCCCUCCAGUGCACACUGUAAUGGCGUCGAAGACUGCCCAGGGGGCGCCGAUGAGCAACACUGCGACCCUCUGUGCACACGUUACAUGGAGUUUGUGUGCAAGAACCGAGCCCAGUGCCUUUUCCAGUCCCUCGUCUGUGAUGGCACGAGGCACUGCGCUGACGGUUCCGACGAGGAUCCUUCUUACGCAGGCUGCUCCACUCGUCCUGAGUUUGAAAAGACGUGUGACGCCUACAACUUCCAGUGUGCCAACGGCGUGUGUGUGAGUUUGGAGUGGAAGUGUGACGGUAUGGACGAUUGUGGAGACUAUUCGGACGAGGCUAACUGUGCUUCCUCCACUGAGGAGCCCAGCUGCUCACGUUACUUCCAGUUUGAGUGUAAGAACGGUCGAUGUAUUCCCAGCUGGUGGAAGUGUGAUGGGGAGAAUGACUGUGGAGACUGGUCAGAUGAGUCCCAGUGCACAGGCGGAGUGGUUCCUCACACACCAUCACCAGGCCCAGCCUCCUGUGCUCCUAACCGCUUCCACUGUGGUUCUGGUGCGUGUAUCGUCAACUCGUGGGUGUGUGAUGGUUAUGCAGACUGCCCUGAUGGCACUGAUGAAGUGGGCUGUCCCACAGCCUCCAACAGUAGUGCCACUCAUGCCCCUGCCCCCACCCAUGCUCCUCCUGCGCCCGGACGCUGUAACAGAGGCCAGUUCCAGUGCCGACGACCCCCGACCUGUAUCCCAGACUGGCAGCACUGUGACGGGCAUCCCCACUGCCAGGACGCCUCUGAUGAGGCCCACUGCCCUACGCGGGGGCCGUUGUCCUGCGUGAAUGGUACUCUGUGUGCUGAUGGUGAGAUGUGUGUGCUGGACAGUGAGAGGUGUGACGGCUUUAUGGACUGCUCAGACCACAGUGACGAGGACAACUGUACUGCUACCUCCCUGGUCUAUAAAGUCCAGAACCUGCAGUGGAGUGCAGACUUCUCCGGUACCGUCACUCUCACGUGGUCCCGACCCAAAAACAUGCCAGUGUCUUCCUGCUCUUUCCUGAUUUAUUACAGGGUGGUGGGUGCUCAGCAGUGGGUUGUCAUGGAAACACAUAGCAACAAGAGCAGCUACAUCCUGACGGUGCUGAAACCCGACACCACCUACCAGGUGAAGGUGCUGACACAGUGUCUCAGCAAAGUGCACAAGAGCAACGAGGUGCUCACGCUCCGUACACCCGAGGGAUUGCCCGACCCUCCCCAGCACCUGCAGUUGUCUUGUAGCACUGAGGAGGAUGGUACGGUACAGGUGUCCUGGAGCCCCCCUGAUAACUCACAUGGUCUUAUCAGAGAGUAUAUCGUGGAGUACAACGAGAGAGGUAGUGCCGAAUGGUUCUCCCAGCGCAGCACCAGCACUAGCACAGAGGUGAAGAAUCUGCAGCCCAGCUCCCUUUACAGAUUCAGGGUGGCUGCAGUGACCAGUCGAGGUGUAGGAAACUGGACGGAAGUCAAAACCUUUUCUCCCCAGAAAGCUCUAGCAGCUCCCACUGUGACAAUUACAAGUAUCAGUGAAGACUCAAUGACCUUGUCCAUCAGCUCCACGUAUGAGAAAAAACACUUUGUAGUGGUGCUUUCCUGGGUGUUUGACCAACACGUGAAAGAGAGCAGAAACUACAAUGUCACUGCAGCAACAUUAAGAAUUGGAAACCUUACUGCAGGGACCAUGUAUGAGGUAGCGGUGUGGGCACACACGGCGGAUGGAGACAGCCCCACGGCGCUUUCCAGCCGACAGACUACCGGCACUCAGCCUGCCAAGCCCCUGCUCAAGGCCCGAGCUCUCAAUCAAAGUUCUGUGGAGUGCACAUGGACAGGCCCACAGGCUGAGACAUAUGGCGUUUUCUACGCCACUUCCUUCUUAGAUCUGUACCGCAGUCCUCACAGCCAGAACAGCAGCAGAAACAACAUGACCAUCACCGUGGACAGCGACGAGCAGUACCUCUUCCUUGUUCGGGUAGUCAGGCCAUACUUGGGUCCUCCCUCAGAUUAUGCUGUAGUGAAGAUGAUUCCCAAUGAGAGGCUGCCUCCGCGUAAUCUCCACAGAGUUCGAGUGGACAAGACCCAGGCCACACUGAAGUGGCAGCCCCCAUACGACUCUCCCAACUCUCCCCUGACAUACGUGAUACACGUGAGAGACACUCUGCGUAAGACAGAGCGUGACUACAAAGUCAUGACGCAGAAUAAUACGGUGGAGUACAUUGUUAAAGGCCUAGAACCUGGCGGCCGCUACAGUGUCUCUGUCAGACUGCGCAACAUGAGCAAGGAGGUCAGCUACACACUCAACACAGUCCCUCUGCCUGCUCCUGAUGCCCUUAAAAUCCUGACCGAGCAAGACCACGUGUUUCUUUUCUGGAAGAGUCUGGCUGUGAAGGAUAGGUCCUUCAACGAGACCAGGGGCUACGAGGUGUAUGUCCAUGACAGUGUGACUAACUCCACCACCUGCCUGGGAAACACCACAGAAACGUUCUUCAAGAUCAACAACCUGCUGGUGGGACAUAAUUACACUUUCUCUGUGCGCGCCCGCUGCCUGCUCAACGGCCAGCUGUGUGGAGAAGCCGCCGUGCUGCUCUAUGACGAACUUGGCACAUCCAUAGGGCCCAAUGAUUCGGCAUCCAGGUCAGGCAGCUCCAGAGACAUGGCUGCAGUGGUGGUGCCCGUACUCUUCCUCCUGCUCCUGGGUGUUUGCGGAGGCCUGGUAGUCCUCUACCUCAGACACCGUCGCCUCCAACACAGCUUCACUGCCUUCACCAACAGCCACUACAACUCCCGCCUGGGCUCCGCCAUCUUCUCCUCAGGAGACGAACUGGGUGACGAUGACGAGGACGCCCCGAUGAUCAGUGGCUUUUCAGACGACGUUCCCAUGGUGAUAGCGUAGCGGUGUGGACGACUCUUUAUUUUCCUUCACCCCCACUAACUCCCCCCCGCGCCCCGCCCAACCCCCACGUCCCCUCACAUACCGUCCUGCACUCGUGUCUCUGCUGGUAUGGCUUACGGAAGCAGGACUACUCCUCAGAGUCCACCACCUCCACCACCAUCGAUUGACCCCCUGCCCACCCCACACCUCCCCAAGGACAGCUGUCUGUCUGCAGA